AGAGUCGCAACGAAUGGCGUCAAGUGUGCGACCGCACGGUACGGCGGAAGGUGAGUAAUAAAAGACAAUGGGAGUCUCUCAUAAUACCGAUCCAACCUGGACAACAUAACAACCCCAAAAUGCGCCAUUCAACCAUCGCCAACGCCGUCGGCAUCCUCCUCGCUUCCAACCGUUUCCUCACACGCGCCCAAAGCCCCACAGUCCACAACUCCAACCUCAAUGUAACCUACACCGGCGUCCUCUACGAAGGCAUCGAAACAUUCUACGCAAUCCCUUACGGCCAAGACACCAGUCCGCCCAACCGCUUCAAAAACCCCAUCGCCUACGUCCCGCAAGCCGGCUCCAGUUUCGAAGCGACGUCCAAAGGCCCGGCGUGUCCGCAGCAGCAUGGCGCCCCCUUUACGCCGCUGUAUCUGUCCAACGUCACGUUGACUUCCGAGGACUGUCUGCAUUUGAAUGUGUAUCGCUCGGCCGGCACGGCGGCGAAUGCGUCUCUGCCGGUUAUGAUUUACGUGCAUGGUGGGAGCUUUAUUGUUGGGUCGAAGGAUGAGCUGGUGAUUCAGCCGGGGGGGUUGAUCAAGCAGUCUGUCAAGAUGGAGCAGCCGGUGGUGGUUGUGAAUAUUAAUUAUCGUCUUGGAGUCUUCGGUUUCGCACAGUCCAAAGCUCUGUCGGCGGAAGGCAACACCAACAUGGGUCUGAGAGACCAGCGCAUGGCCAUCGAGUGGGUGAGAGACAACAUUGCUGCUUUCGGAGGUGACCCAUCAAGCAUCGAGAUCCUGGGACAGUCGUCUGGAGGUCUUGCCAUGGGAAUGCAAAUGCUCGCAUACGGCGGGAGCCAGGGCUUCUCAUUUCAACGUGUAUCGGCCGAGAGUCAGAUUAUGGAAGGUGGCAUCACGGGCAACUUUACCCUCCACGCCAUGGAGCGCAUCGUGCAGCCGGUCGGAUGUAAUACCUCCGAUCUGCAAUCGGCAGCGACUCUAUCCUGUCUCCGGAACUUGAGCACGAAUGCGCUUCUCGGCGCCCAGAUUGCAACGAAUCUCAGCACACCCGCCGCAAACGUCGGCGACGAGUGGCUCCCUUUCGUUGAUGGCGAUUUCCUGCCCGCCGCGCCUUCCGAGCUCAUCGCCGAAGGUCGCUUCGCCAAUGUAACCACCAUGGUAGGCUGGUGCGAGAACGACGGAACAUUCUUCGUAGGCACACCCACGACCGAGCAGGACACGUACGACUUCUUCAAAGCAUACCUACCCGGCAUGACAACGGCAAACGUUGAAGAACUCCUAUCGCUGUACCCCUCCAGCGACUUCUCCGCCAAUCCCUCCGCCAACCUCUCCGCCCAACUCUACCGCGCCGGCCGCAUCCUGCGCGACAUCCUCUUCACCUGCCAACCCAUCAAUUUCGGCAACGCACUACAACGCGCCGGCCAAGACGUCUACUACUGGACGCAGAACGAAACGAUGCUGGAAGAAGUGCUCGUCUCCCUCGGCACACCGGGCUACGGCGUGAUCCACACAUCCAACUUUGCCUUCGAGUUCCACAACCUGUCGCAUUACAACGUCGACGACUUCCUGUACCAUCCGAACGGCACGGACUUUGCGCUUGCGAAUCGCCAGUCGCAUUCGUGGGCGGCGUUUGCGAAUCAUGGAGCGCCGUCGUUGGCUGGCCAGGGGACGUUGGAUGGUUGGAAGCCCGCGUAUAGCACGUCGGGAGAGAUUGAUAUUUAUAUUAUUGGGGGGCCGAAUGAAGGGUUGUCUGCUUGGAAUGGAUCCGGUGCGACGAAUGAGGCACUCGUGGCGCAGAAGUUGCCGGAGCGGUGUGGAUUUCUGAAUCGGCCUGACAUUAUUGUGCAGCUGGGGUAUUAGUAUUGAGCAGGAGGAGGGACACUCACUUUGUUCGAAGAUAUCCUAAGUUAGCAUUGAUGUUUCGUCCUCAGGCAGCAAGCAAAUGCACGGCUCGGGUGGCGUUCCGAAGUGGCGCAAACCCAAUUGUUGAGAUCAUGCAUUUGGG